AUUCGUUUUAAGCAAUUCAGUGGGUCUGCGAAACUACAUUCAGAUUGCAAGCUCACAAAUGGAGUUCAUGCAAAAAUCUCCGUGGUGGGUCGCGACCCUGCUGUCAAUUUCUUUCCUCGCUGAUUGUUAUCAGUCUUUUAAUCAUCGUGGUUAUAGUUAUAAAGAUGUCAGUCAGGCCCAAUCCUUUAAACCGAGUGCAGAGCCAACCAGUCCUCCUAGCCCGAGAACAGUCCUCGUGAAGUGCCACGAAGAUUCUCUUGAAGUCGUGGUGAAUGCUGACCUAUUUGACUUAGGCAUUCUGGUGGACGGCAGCGAUUUGCACCUAGGUUUCAAUCAAAUGGGUAGCAACGGCGUUGAAGAUCCUUGCAGUGCGGUUCCAACGGGGGAGGCAGAGUUCAUCAUCUUUGCCCAGUUGACCGCAUGUGGAACCAAACUCGCAUUUAUGGAGACUGAGCUGGUUUAUUCCAAUAUUCUCAGCUAUUCGCCUGCACCCUCUUCUGGUGUCGUCAGAUUUGAUUCGGCUGUGAUUCCCAUCGAAUGCCACUACGGAAGGAGGUAUGCUGUUGACAGUGCUGCCCUGGCUCCCACCUGGAUCCCCUUUGCCUCAACAGUGACUGCUGAGGACCAUCUGCAAUUCAGCCUCCGCCUCAUAACGGAUGACUGGCGCUCUGAAAGGGGAUCAAAUGCCUACUUUCUGGGUGAAACCAUACACCUGGAGGCAGCUGUCACCAUGGGCAACCACAUGCCCCUCCGUGUGUAUGUGGACCAUUGUGUGGCCACGGCAACUCCUGACGCAGACUCAAACCCUAGACACAACUUCAUAGAGUACUACGGAUGCCUCACUGAUGCCCAGCUGACCGGCUCUAAUUCACGGUACAUGCCCAGGGUCCAGGAUGACAAGCUGCAUAUCAUGCUGGACGCCUUCAGAUUCUACCAGGAGGAUUCCAAUAUGAUCUUCAUCACCUGCCAUCUGAAAGCUGUCCCUGCCAUGUUUUAUGGGAAAUCAAGGAGUCGAGCGUGCUCCUUCAUUGAGAACAGCUGGAGGUCAGCAGAUGGGAACGACCAGGUCUGUAUAAGUUGUGUAGUCUCCAAACGCUUUGCGGAGCCUACUGCCCCCAUGACCAGAACCAACACCAAGACUACUACUCCAGAACCAAAUUCAUCCAGCUUCCGCAUUCGCCCAGGCCAGCGCACAGAGCAGCUCCAAAAGGUUGAGCACAGAUCCAAAAAGCCUUACUCUGGUGCCUGGAAGAGGGGAACGGACACAACAGAAGAGUGGAGCAAGACUACCAUCUUGGGGCCCCUGAUUGUUGUCCCUAAUCAGGAAGUUAUCAGCUUGGCAACGGACUCCACGACACUCCGCUCAAAAUUGACACCGGGUGAGACCUUAGACUCGGCGGCAGUCCAUCCCAAAGAGCUGCAGGAGGCUACAACAGACAUCUCCAUGGGCACCGGUGGUACUUGCAGAAGUGAAGGCAGGAAAUGCACUGUUUCUGAAUGAGGCACUGCUGUGAACACUGAGUCUUUCCAGUCACACAAGAUGGCAUCUCACUGGAUUGAAGGGUGCUGUGCAGGAAGUCUACUGUGGAACUUGAAUGAAAUUCACUCUAUGAUGGCGAUUGACCAACCCUUGGCUUAAACCACUAACCAAGUUCUUGGUCCUUUUAAAGAAUUGUGAAUUCAAAUUGUUUUGAAUGUUGCUCAUCUGCUGUUCCAUUUCACAUGGCCAAUGCAAAUAAAAACGUUACACCCGUA